UGUGUGUGUGUGUGUGUGUGUGUGUGUGUGUGUGUGUGUGUGUGUGUGUGUGUGUGUGUGUGUGUGUGUGUGUGUGUACCUGUGGUGGUGUGUGUGUAGGCAUGAGGACGGUACAGUGCGAUUCUGGAAUGUGUCUGCUGUUGCCAUGACUCCUCUCUACAAGCUCAGCACGGCUAACGUCUUCCAUACCGACUGUGACCCUAACGACGACCCCCUGGACCCUACCAACGACCCCGAAGCACUGCAAGAGGAGGAGUGGCCUCCCUUCAGGAAGGUGGGCUGUUUUGACCCCUAUAGUGAUGAUCCUCGCCUGGGGAUCCAGAAGAUCAGUCUGUGUAAAUACAGCUGUAGACUGGUGGUGGCCGGGACCGCUGGACAGGUGAUCGUGCUGGGUCUGAGUGAUGAAUGGUCGGACCACACGGUCGAUGUCUCCACGGUCGACCUGCUUCAGGACCGAGAGGGGUUCACCUGGAAGGGCCAUGAUAGGCUGGAGCCCCGAGCCAGCCCCGCCCCCUUCCCUCCAGGCUUCCAACCAUUGGUCCUGGUGCAGGCCCUGCCCCCAGCCUCUGUUACCUCCGUGAUGCUGCAUGCGGAGUGGAACCUCGUAGCGUUCGGGACGAGUCACGGCUUCGGACUGUUUGACUCCCACAGACGCACUGCUGUUCUGGCCAGGUGUACCCUGCACCCUAACGACUCCCUAGCGAUGGAGGGUCCUCUCAGCAGAGUAAAGAGUCUGAAGAAGUCUCUCAGACAGAGCUUCAGACGCAUCAGGAAGAGUAGAGUGUCUGGGAAGAAACGCCCCUUCCCCACCCCUACCAGCAAGAUCCAGGAGGCCAACGCAGCGCUAGCUGACCAGGAGGAAGUAGCUCCGGUGCAGAGGAGGAUCGAGCCGAGAUCAGCUGACGACUCUCUAUCAGGAGUGGUGCGAUGCCUCUGUUUCGCCGAUACGUUCCUCAGAGACGGUACACACCACGGCCCGACGCUGUGGGCGGGGACAAACUCAGGGAGUGUGUAUGCUUACGCGUUGGAGGUCCCGGGUGUGGGGUCGGGACGUGGACGGCCGGGGGUGAGGGAGCGGCUGUGGACGGCCGGGGGUGAGGGCGGCUGUGUGGAGGCCGUGUUGGGGAAAGAGAUUCAGCUGAUGCACAGGGCUCCGGUCGUGUCCGUCUGCGUUCUGGACGGACGGGGGAAACCGUUACCAGAACCUUACCAAGCCUCUCUGGACCUGGCUACUGCUCCAGACAUGACGAACCCACACUCUGUCCUCAUCGCUUCAGAGGAACAACUCAAGGUGUUCAGUCUUCCUAAGGUCGGUGCGAAGACCAAGUUCAAGCUGACGGCUCAUGAGGGUUGUCGUGUGCGGAGGGUUGCCAUGGUGACGGUGUGUUCCACAGCCCAGGAGGACUACAGUGAGACCAGUCUGGUCUGUCUGACCAACCUUGGAGACCUGCACUUGUUUAACGUACCUGCCCUACGGCCACAGGUACGUUAUGACUGUAUCCGUAAAGAGGACAUCAGUGGCAUCGCUUCCUGUGUCUUCACAAGGAACGGUCAGGGGUUCUACCUGAUCUCUCCAUCAGAGUACCAGCGUUUCUCCCUGUCAGCUAAAGUCAUCACAGAACCUCUGUGUACUGUGGAGCAGGAGAGACCUCUGGAGACCAGCGACGACGCAGCCAUGCCUCUCCGGGCCAACGGAACUCACUGGAACCAGGCUGAAGGGUUAACCGAGGACCCCCAGUGUGGCCUGUCCUCCCCGCCUCCCCUCUCCCCUCUGGACUCCCCCCUCAGCAUGGCUGACGUCAGCCUGGACACCACCGGAGAACUCACUGUAGAGGACGUCAGGGACUUCCUCAC